AUGAUAAGUUUUAAUGUAGACGUAUAUAGCUCAAGCAAGGAAAGAUUACCACAAAGAUAUCUAUACGACAUACGACUCUAUAAUAUCAUUUCUUUUUCCGAGUUAAACUUUCAAAUACUGAUAACACCACCACCAUCAUCUCCUUUAUUAUUAAGAAAUAUUAUGCUCGGAUCUUUACUCAUUAGUGACAUCAGCUCCGGCAUUAAGACCUUAUUGAAUGAGCAAAGCCGCGGUACUUUCUCAAGGUUGCCAUUACCCAUUGCCUCCGUCGUUUCGUCUAAUGCUACAAAAUUCAUCGACAAAUCGACUUCUAACGAAUACGAGCUUGCCGAAGAUGUACUUGCCAUCAAUACUGUCUGCCCAUUAUCGAAUAGAGUGCCAAAACAGGAAAAGGGACAUGUCGUUACCGUUGGUAAUGCAAAAUUAGAAGCAACAAAGAAAUGUGACAGUUCUUCUGUCGCUGAUGUUGAUACUGAGGAUUUGUUAAAGAUACACACCGAAAUAGCAAUAAAGCAUUUACGCAUAACACCAGCCACCGAAUCCGAGCAACAAGCAGAACUGUUACAAUUUAUCGCGAAAAAAGAACGAAAAAUCAAGGAUCUUCAAGAGGAAUUAGCACAACAUGAAGAAGAAUUACGCUUAUUGAAAGAACGAUGGGAGAGCAUUAAGAAUAAUGGAAAUGGGUGGUUAAGGGGAGGUGGAAGCAGUGGUGGCGCUAAUAAAGGAAAUGGUAAUGUAUUGAUAAGUAUUGAGAACGACGGUGUUGAUGAUGUUAAUGCAAAUCCAGAUAAUUUCAUCAAUAUAAAAAUAGAUAAUGAAAACGCGAAGAAAACAAAACGAAAGUUAAGUUUUCGUACUGGUGCUUGGGGUAAUCUUAGUAAAAGUAUCUCGGCAUUAGCAAGAUCAGACACUCUCAAAAACGUGCGAAAGAAAACGAUGGACACUGUACACACAGUAGAAAAAUCAAUUGCCGUUUCAUUAGUACAAACUGAGACUGUCAUUCGAACACCCCCCGAAUACAUUUGGACACCUACCGAAGAGAUAUUCAAUCGUUCCGAUCUUGAUCUUUUACGAGACGACAAUGAUGAUGAUGAGUUGGUGUUAUUUAAUAGUAGUAACAGUAAUCUCAAUAACAAAAAUGAAGUUGUGGUGGUUAAUUCGCAACCUUCGCCGCAUGAAAUGACUCAUGUUCUUUAUGGAGGGGAUGAGUUUGGAUAA